CUGGGAACUGCGGCCGCGGGCUCGCGCUCCCGGCGGGUCCUGUCCCCGGACUGCCAUCCUUCCCCUGCCAUGUCUCGCCGGAAGCCUGCGUCGGGCGGCCUCGCUGCCUCCAGCCCAGUCCCUGCGAGGCAAGCUGUUUUGAGCCGAUUCUUCCAGUCUACGGGAAGCCUGAAAUCCACCUCCUCCCCCACGGGUGCAACCGAUCAGGUGGACCGUGAUGCCGCAGCGCCCCCAGCGUCCACUUUCCCGCCCCAGCUGCCGCCGCUCGUGGCUACAGAAAUUGACAGAACUAAGAAGAGACCAUUGGAAAAUGAUGGGCCUGUUAAAAAGAAAGUAAAGAAAGCCCAACAAAAGGAAGGAGGAAGUGAUCUGGGAAUGUCUGGCACCUCUGAGCCAAAGAAAUGUCUGAGGACCAGGAAUGUUUUAAAGUCUUUGGAAAAAUUGAAAGAAUUCUGCUGCGAUUCUGCCCUUCCUCAAAGUAGAGUCCAGACAGAAUCUCUGCAGGAGAGAUUCGCAAUUCUGCCAAAAUGUACUGAUUUUGAUGAUAUCAGUCUUCUACGUGCAAAGAAUGCAGUUUCUUCUGAAGAUUCGAAAUCUCAGAUUAAACAAAAGGAUACAACACUUCUUGAUGUCAGUCAGUUUGGAUCAUCAAAUACAAGUCAUGAAAAUUUACAGAAAACUGCUUCUAAACCAACUAACAAACGUUCCAAAAGCAUUUAUACGCCGCUAGAAUUACAAUACAUAGAAAUGAAGCAGCAGCACAAAGAUGCAGUUUUGUGUGUGGAAUGUGGAUAUAAGUAUAGAUUCUUUGGGGAAGAUGCAGAGAUUGCAGCCCGAGAGCUCAAUAUUUAUUGCCAUUUGGAUCACAACUUUAUGACAGCAAGUAUACCUACUCACAGACUGUUUGUUCAUGUACGCCGCCUGGUGGCAAAAGGAUAUAAGGUGGGAGUUGUGAAGCAAACUGAAACUGCAGCAUUAAAGGCCAUUGGAGACAACAGAAGUUCACUCUUUUCCCGGAAAUUGACUGCCCUUUAUACAAAAUCUACACUCAUUGGAGAAGAUGUGAAUCCCCUAAUCAAGCUGGAUGAUGCUGUAAAUGUUGAUGAGAUAAUGACUGAUACUUCUACCAGCUAUCUUCUGUGCAUCUCUGAAAAUAAGGAAAAUGUUAGGGACAAAAAAAAGGGCAACAUUUUUAUUGGCAUUGUGGGAGUGCAGCCUGCCACAGGCGAGGUUGUGUUUGAUAGUUUCCAGGACUCUGCUUCUCGUUCAGAGCUAGAAACCCGGAUGUCAAACCUGCAGCCAGUAGAGCUGCUGCUUCCUUCGGCCUUGUCCGAGCAAACAGAGAUGCUCAUCCACAGAGCCACAUCUGUUAGUGUGCAGGAUGACAGAAUUCGAGUUGAAAGGAUGGAUAACAUUUAUUUUGAAUACAGCCAUGCUUUCCAGGCAGUUACAGAGUUUUAUGCAAAAGACACAGUUGACAUUAAAGGUUCUCAAAUUAUUUCUGGCAUUGUUAACUUAGAGAAGCCUGUGAUUUGCUCUUUGGCUGCCAUCAUAAAAUACCUCAAAGAAUUCAACUUGGAAAAAAUGCUCUCCAAACCUGAGAAUUUUAAACAGCUAUCAAGUAAAAUGGAAUUUAUGACAAUUAAUGGAACAACAUUAAGGAAUCUGGAAAUCCUACAGAAUCAGACUGAUAUGAAAACCAAAGGAAGUUUGCUGUGGGUUUUAGACCACACUAAAACUUCAUUUGGGAGACGGAAGUUAAAGAAGUGGGUGACCCAGCCACUCCUUAAAUUAAGGGAAAUAAAUGCCCGGCUUGAUGCUGUAUCUGAAGUUCUCCAUUCAGAAUCUAGUGUGUUUGGUCAGAUAGAAAAUCAUCUACGUAAAUUGCCUGACAUAGAGAGAGGACUCUGUAGCAUUUAUCACAAAAAAUGUUCUACCCAAGAGUUCUUCUUGAUUGUCAAAACCUUAUAUCACCUAAAGUCAGAAUUUCAAGCAAUAAUACCUGCUGUUAAUUCCCACGUUCAGUCAGACUUGCUCCGCACCGUUAUUUUAGAAAUUCCUGAACUCCUCAGUCCAGUGGAGCAUUACUUAAAGAUACUCAAUGAACAAGCUGCCAAAGUUGGGGAUAAAACUGAAUUAUUUAAAGACCUUUCUGACUUCCCUUUAAUAAAAAAGAGGAAGGAUGAAAUUCAAGGUGUUAGUGACAAGAUCCGAAUGCAUUUGCAAGAAAUACGAAAAAUACUAAAAAAUCCUUCUGCACAAUAUGUGACAGUAUCAGGACAGGAGUUUAUGAUCGAAAUAAAGAACUCUGCUGUAUCUUGUAUACCAACUGAUUGGGUAAAGGUUGGAAGCACAAAAGCUGUGAGCCGGUUUCACUCUCCUUUUGUUGUAGAAAAUUACAGACAUCUGAAUCAGCUCCGGGAGCAGCUAGUCCUUGACUGCAGUGCUGAAUGGCUUGAUUUUCUAGAGAAAUUCAGUGAACAUUAUCACUACUUGUGUAAAGCAGUGCAUCACCUAGCAACUGUUGACUGCAUUUUCUCCCUGGCCAAGGUCGCUAAGCAAGGAGAUUACUGCAGACCAACUGUACAAGAAGAAAGAAAAAUCAUAAUAAAAAAUGGAAGGCACCCUGUGAUUGAUGUAUUGCUGGGAGAACAGGAUCAAUAUGUUCCCAAUAGUACAGAUUUAUCAGAGGACUCAGAGAGAGUAAUGAUAAUUACUGGACCAAACAUGGGUGGAAAGAGCUCCUACAUAAAACAAGUUGCAUUGAUUACCAUCAUGGCUCAGAUUGGCUCCUAUGUUCCUGCAGAAGAAGCGACAAUUGGGAUUGUGGAUGGCAUUUUCACAAGGAUGGGUGCUGCAGACAAUAUAUAUAAAGGACGGAGUACAUUUAUGGAAGAACUGACUGACACAGCAGAAAUAAUCAGAAAAGCAACAUCACAGUCCUUGGUUAUCUUGGAUGAAUUGGGAAGAGGGACGAGCACCCAUGAUGGAAUUGCCAUUGCCUAUGCUACACUUGAGUAUUUCAUCAGAGAUGUGAAAUCCUUAACCCUGUUUGUCACCCAUUAUCCGCCAGUUUGUGAGCUGGAAAAAAAUUACUCACACCAGGUGGGGAAUUACCACAUGGGAUUCUUGGUCAGUGAGGAUGAAAGCAAACUGGAUCCAGGCGAAGAACAAGUCCCUGAUUUUGUCACCUUCCUUUACCAAAUAACUAGAGGAAUUGCAGCAAGGAGUUAUGGAUUAAAUGUGGCUAAACUAGCGGAUGUUCCUGGAGAAAUUUUGAAGAAAGCAGCUCACAAGUCAAAAGAGCUGGAAGGAUUAAUAAAUACGAAAAGGAAGAGACUCAAGUAUUUUGCAAAGUUAUGGAUGAUGCAUAAUGCACAAGACCUGCAGAAGUGGACAGAGGAGUUCGAAAUGGAAGAAACACAGACUUCUCUUCCUCAUUAAAAUAAAGACUACAUUUGUGAACAAAAAAUGGAGAAUUAAAAAUACCAACUGUACAAAAUAACUCUCCAGUAACAGCCUAUGUUUGUGUGACAUGUGAGCAUAAAAUUAUGACCAUGGUAUAUUCCUAGUGGAAACAGAGAGGUUUUUCUGAAGACAGUCUUUUUCAGGUUCCUGUCUUCCUAACUUUUCUAAGUAUAAACACUCUUCAAUAGACUUCCACUUUGUAAUUAGAAAAUUUCAUGGACAGUAAGUCCAGUAAAGCCUUAAGUGGCAGAAUAUAAUUCCCAAGCUUUUGGAGGGUGAUAUUUUUAUUUGUUUCAGUUCAGAUAAUUGGCAGCUGGGUGAAUCUGGCAGGAAUCUCUCCAUUUGAACUAAAAUAAUUUUAUUAGGCAACCAGUUUAUCCACCAAGAACAUAAGAAUUUUUUAUAAGAAAUAGAAAGAAUUGGCCAGGCAUGGUGGCUCACGCCUGUAAUCCCAGCACUUUGGGAGGCCAAGGCGGGCAGAUCACCUGAGGUCAUGAGUUCAAGACCAGCCUGGACAACAUGGCAAAACCCCAUCUCUACUAAAAAUAUAAAGUACCUCUCUACUAAAAAUACAAAAAAAUUAGUCGGGCAUGGUGGCGCACGCCUGUAGUCCCAGCUACUCGGGAGGCUGAGGCAGGAGAACCUCUUGAACCUGGGAGGUGGAGAUUGCAGUAAGCUGAGAUCAUGUGACUGCACUCCAGCCUGGGCAAUACAGCAAGAUUCCAUCUCAAAAAAAAAAAAAAAGAGAAAAGAAAUAGAAUUAUCAAGCUUUUAAAACAUAGAGCACAGAAAGAAUAGGGUCAUGAAAUUUAAAAUAUUAAAUAUUGUCACAGGAUUAAGCAGUUUAAAGACUGUUGGAUGAAAUUAUUUGUCAUUUGUUUGAGUAAUAAAUAUUUAAUGAAUGCUUGCUAUAGAUGAUGGUAUGUCCCAUUGAAUUUUCAACUUUCAAGUGUUUGGAAAUUGUCAUUUUUUUAGGUGUAAUUAUGAAAUUAAGGUUACCGCUUUGAUCAGCGCAAUACAUAGAAGUGAACUUGUUCAUUUAGGACCUUGCUAUUCAUCAACAUAUCAAGUGUAUGAUCUUACCAGUAAUGAGCCUUACAGCUUAGUUGAUUCAUAACAGUGCUCCCUUCCUGCAAAUUUAGGGUAACACGUGCUCAACUGUGUCCCUGGGUUUUUUACAGCACUUACAAUCUGGCUUCCCAGAUCCAUGUGUUCUUUUUGUUUCUAAAUAUAUGAUCUUGCACAAAAGCUCUCCAUCCUAUUUUCCUCUCUUUUAUUAUUUCUGCUCAGUUAAAUGUCUUCCCCACAUUUGAUGGACAUAUUUUUAAUUCCUUCUGGAUUAUUACCUUCAGUGAUCCCAGCAAUGACCCCAGACACCUAAUACAGUGUCCCCAGGUUGUGGCUUCACUUUUGAGUCAGUCACUCUUUAGCUGUCAGACUCCCAACCUUAUUGGAGUUAGAGUAUGAUGUAGUUUGAUUGAUUCUACCACCCCUCCAGAAGUACUAAUGUAUAGUCAAAUUCUCAAAACUGUCAAAAUAGUUAGUUGGAAUGUAUGCUUUAACUUUUAAAAAGAACAAAAUUGUUUCAGUACUCUGUAUAACUGUAAAUGUCUUAUAUUCUUUCUAACAAGAUUUCAAAGAUAGUGCUGUAACCUACCUCACAGGGAGAAAAGGAGAUGACUCCAGGAAUGUGAUGCCCAUGCCAGAGGGAGCUGCAGGGACCAGCAAUCACUGGUAAUGUCCAGGUGGACAUGUGGCGCCACCUCUCCCUCUUGCUCGGUCCAGGCCAGCAUCAACACCGAAGCAGGUAGGGGUUCCAGCAGCAUUGUGUCCUGGCAGUGGCAGCACACAGUGUCUGGCAGCUGACAGCGUAGAACUUUACAGGGUAGAUUCUCCAGCAUGAGCAGGACGCCAGCCAGGCCGCCAGCUUGCGGGAGCGCAGGCCUCCUCUAAGCUGGGGAAGAGAUCAGCACAGCUGAACUGCAUUUCUAAGUGAGGCUUAUCCCCAGCUGGGUUACUGAGAUAUUGGAGGAAACGUUGAGGCCAAAUCCCAGUCAUAAAGACUGCAUAAAUGCCAUGGGGAGGUAGGCAGAAAGUUGCAAACAAUCGUGUUUGUAUUUCAGAUGACCAUCUUGGGGCUGCAAUUCUAAGGUUAGAUAUAACCACACAGGUGAGAAUAGGGCUGCUGGUGCAUGGCAGGGGCCCUUCAGAUUCCCUCUGGUAUUGCACAGGCAUGAGCAUACUUCAGAUGGAGACUGGGGGAGACGGGGCUUACUGGUGGCCAAAUGUCAAGGAAAGCAACUUUUGAAUAUGAUGUAUUCCUUUAAGUGACUUGUCUGUUUUUAGCCAUCACAUUACAAAUUAAGAGCUAGUGAUUCUGCAAUAACACACACCAAUUCCUCGAAAACCUUCUAAAGUCAGACCAGUUUAAUAAUUCCAACCUUAGGGGAAAAAAAGCCAAACACAUUUUAACAAGUUUCAACUUUGACCUUUCUGUUGCUUCAUCUCUCCUCAGUGCUGUCUAUUCUAUAUAGUUUUUAAAAUAUUCUUAUUAUAUAACUAGUAUAAUAAUAUUUGAACAU